CUCUGGACUUCGACGGCCUUCCGCGAACAGAGGCCAGAUUUUCCGCUCCUGUCCGCGACUCCACGACUGUCAUUUACCCUCUCCCACAUUGCCGGCCGUCAAUCUAUACGACAGACCCCAUCCCAGCAAUCGCGUCCGUACCGCUCUCUUGUGCCUCCUUGAACUCGUCAAAAUGGCCGGUCUCAGCCCCCAGAUCACCAACCUGAUCAUCAUGCUCGGCAUGAUGCAGGUGUCAAAGAAGAUCCCCUUUGACGACCCGCAGGUUCUCACCAUGGUCCGCGGCGCCUACAUUGCCAGCAAUGUCAUCAUUGCCUUGAUCUACUUCUACGUCCAGAUGCAGGUCAACAAGAAGAAUGACAAGACCACUCUCAAGUACGUCGAGCCCGCUCCCGUCGGCUCCUCCGAGGAGGGCAAGCUCGUGACCACGACUGUGCAGGCCUACGACAGCGCCCAGCUCAAGACGGCCUUCCGUGGCCAGCUCAUGGGCAUGGCCAUGAUGUCGUUCAUGCACCUGUACCUCAAGUACACCAACCCGCUGCUGAUGCAGAGCAUCAUCCCCCUCAAGAGCGCCCUCGAGAACAACCUUGUCAAGAUCCACGUGUACGGACAGCCGGCGUCGGGCGACCUCAAGAGGCCCUUCAAGGCGGCCGCUGGCUUCAUGGGCGCGAUGCAGGGCGGCGGUGCGCAGAGCGACAAGAAGGCUGUCGAGGCUGCUGAGAGGGCUGGCCGCGGUGGCAUCAAGGACGAGUAGGCGUGGUAGAGUUGGGAAUUGGUCACCUCUGCUCGGAUACACACAUACACCUACGUAGAUAGAGUUCGAGGGGAUGCCGAUGUCGAAGUUCUGUAGUAAAGUCCUUGAAUACAUGCAGUGCGACGAUAA